AUGAACGAGACCAAUCAGACCUGGGUGACUGAAUUCUUCCUCUUGGGACUUUCUGAUGACCCUCAGACUCAGCUAUUGCUCUUUGCAUUGUUCUUGGUAGUCUACUUGAGUACUGUGCUUGGAAACCUGCUCCUCACAUCCCUAGUUCUGCUUGACUCACAGCUCCACACACCCAUGUAUUUUUUCCUGUGUAAUUUAUCUCUGACUGACCUCUGCUUCUCAACUACUACUGUUCCCCAAUCUCUAAUCCACAUGUUGUCUAGAAGAAAAUUGAUUUCUUUCACAGGAUGUGCAGGUCAAGUUCUUUUCUUCCUAUUCUUUGGAUCUACACAGUGUGUCUUAUUAGGUGUGAUGUCCUAUGACCGGUACUUGGCAAUUUGUGACCCUAUGCACUAUCCCCUCAUCAUGACAUGGAAGGUAUGUGGCCUUUUGGCCUUAGGUUGCUGGUUCGCUGGUUUUGUUGCAUCUUUGGUGGACAGCAUUUUCAUACUAAGUUUACCUUACCAAGGAGACAAUCAGAUUGCUCAUUUCUUCUGUGAGGCUCCAGCCCUUCUGGUUUUGGCAUCAGCAGACACUCGCAGCACAAAUAUGGUCAUUUUCCUCAUGGGUGCAAUCAUCAUAGUUACACCUAUGUUUCUGAUUCUGAUUUCUUAUGUAUGUAUCAUAAUAUCUGUGAUCAGGAUGAAGACAGCCUCAGGGAGACUCAAGGCCUUCUCCACCUGUGGCUCUCAUCUCACUGUGGUCAUAAUUUUUUAUGGAUCAGCAAUCAUCAAAUACAUGACACCUAAGUCUUCCAAGGAUCUAGGGAAGGUCAUAUCUGUAUUCUAUGCAGUGAUAAGCCCUAUGCUCAAUCCUCUUAUAUACAGUUUGAGGAACAAUGAUGUGAAAAGGGCAUUCAGGAAUGUAGUCAAUAGCAGACCAUUCUGCAGAAUUUGA